CCCACGGUCGUGUGGAGGAGGAGGAUGUUGCGCGCGAAGGGGAAAUGGCUGCCGAAAACAAGCCGGAAGGACUGAAGAAAAUUCGUAAUCCGGAUCGAAUGUACAGAUCAGCUGUGUGUUAUGCCGGCCAUGCUCCUCCUAAGAGUAUCAGUGAUGACACAGAGAUGAACAAUGAACAUGGACAUUUGAAAAUAUACCUGCCCAAAAAGCUGCUUGAAUGUCUACCAAAAUGUUCGUCGCUGCCAAAGGAGAGACACAGAUGGAACACCAAUGAGGAAAUCGCAGCUUACUUGAUAACGUUUGAAAAGCAUGAGGAAUGGCUAACGACGUCCCCUAAAACAAGGCCACAGAAUGGUUCAAUGAUCUUGUACAACAGGAAGAAGGUGAAGUACAGAAAGGAUGGCUACUGCUGGAAGAAGAGGAAAGAUGGGAAGACCACGCGGGAGGAUCACAUGAAGCUCAAAGUCCAGGGAGUGGAGUGUCUGUAUGGCUGUUACGUCCACUCCUCCAUCAUCCCCACGUUCCACCGCAGGUGCUACUGGCUGCUCCAGAACCCUGACAUCGUGCUCGUCCACUACUUGAAUGUGCCGGCCAUAGAGGACUGUGGGAAACCAUGCGGGCCAAUCCUGUGCUCCAUCAACACAGACAAGAAGGAAUGGGCCAAGUGGACCAAGGAGGAGCUGAUUGGCCAGCUCAAGCCCAUGUUUCAUGGCAUCAAGUGGACUUGUAGCAACGGGAACAGCAGCUCUGGCUUCUCAGUGGAGCAGCUGGUGCAGCAGAUUCUGGACAGCCACCAAACCAAGCCACCUCCCCGGACCCACAACUGCCUCUGCACGGGCACCCUGGGUGCAGGGAGCAGCGUGCAUCACAAGUGCAACAGCGCCAAACACCGCAUCAUCUCCCCCAAGGUGGAACCCCGUGGAGGCUACAGCAGUGGUCACUCUGAGGUCCAGAACAACGACGUGUCUGAGGGCAAGACCGAGCACAGCAGCCAUGGAGGAGGGGGAGGAGGAGGAGGGAAGAGCUCAGGGGGAGGAGGGGGUAGCACCAGAGAGAAACGCAACGGCAAGGUCCACAAGCCUGUUCUCCUGCACCAGAACAGCACAGAGGUGUCCUCUACCAACCAGGUGGAGGUCCCAGACACCACCCAGAACUCCCCUGUGUCCAUCAGCAGCGGCCUGAACAGCGACCCAGACAUGGCUGACAGUCCCGUGGUGACGGGCUUGGGCCACGUAGCCGCUGUCAUGUCCCAAAGUGUCUUCAUGUCCGAGGUGACCGGAGACCCCGUCUACAGCAUGUCCCCCACAGGGGGCCCCAACACCCACCUCAUGGGCCCAGACGCUGCCUCCCAGGGCCUGGUGCUGUCCGGUGUUGUGGCAGACAGCCACAAGUUUGCCUUCCCCAGCGGAGGAGUUAGGGAGGUUCCCGGGGUGGUGGGGGGAGCAGACGGUCUGUCCAUGCUGUCUGCAGCCGGGGUGUCUGAAGAGCUGGUCCUAUCCAGCAGUCUGGAUAACGGAGGCAUGAAGAUACCUGAGACCACCAUGAACUUCGACCCUGACUGCUUUCUCAACAACCCCAAGCAGGGCCAAACCUAUGGGGGCAGCAGGCUGAAGGGGGACGGCAGCUCCUCUUCCUCCUCCUCUUCCUCCAACGGCACCAAUGGCAGCAUGCAGCGCUCUCCCUCCAUGUCAGACUCUGGAUACAGCUUCAACUCUGCUCUGGUGAAGAACAUCAAGACGGAGGACAUGUCCUUUGAGCAGCAGCUGGCCACCGAGCAGGGAUACCAGGUGGGGGUGGUGGUGAGCUGUGGAGGAGGUGUGUCUUGUUCCUCUGGGGCAGGUUCAGCACAAGGCUCCCUCGGCCUGACCCCUGCAGGCUCUCUGCUGCCCUCUGGAGGAGGCCUGAGCCCCAGCACCACCCUGGAGCAGAUGGACUUCAGUGCCAUCGAUGCCAAGCAGGACUACUCGUCCGGGGCUGGGACAGUGAGCUAUGGCCAGGCUAUGAACAGCCCCCACCUCUCCCACCAGAGCCACUCGCCCAGCUUCUUCCUCCAGGACACCCAGCAGUCCGGCCAGGCCCAGCAGGGCAGGUCCUCCAUGGGCCAGAAGACUCACUUGAUGGAGCACAACUCCCACGACUCCACAGCCUACAUGAGCCUGCAGGUGGUCAAGACGGACUCCCCUGGCAGCAACGGCCAUCUCCACCACCACCACCAAAGCCACCAGGGCCAGCAUAGGGCCAACUGCAACGGGGGCUCCCCCACCGAGGGGCCAGGGCAGGGGCCUGGGUCUCUCCAGCUCCUGCAGUACCAGGGGGGCUUCCCUGGGUUGGGGCCGGAGCAUGAGGAGGUGGUGGGUCUGGAGCAGCCAGGCAGCGUGAGCUCAGGCCAGGCCGGGGGAACAGAGAACGGAGAGGGUCUACUGAAGCCUGGAGAUCACCUCCAGGCCUGUGGAGGAGGCAACCAAGAGGGAGGAGGUGCAGAGCACUACCUGCAGCAGACCAACGACGGAGGAGGAAGUCAGGGAGGUGGAGGGAAAGGAGUGGCCAUGCACAACGGAAAUGGGGUCAACAAUGACGGCAGCAACCGCUCCCAGCAGCAGCAGCAGCUGCAGCCCCUCCUCCAGGGAGCUGGGAUGGUCCAGGGCCUCUACAACACCGUGGGGCCCCACCAGGGCCUGGGCGGAGCGGGCUCUAACGGGGGAGCAGGUGGGGGAGGCAUGGAGAUCAGCCUGGACCACUUCGACAUCUCCUUCGGGAACCAGUUCUCUGACCUUAUCAAUGACUUCAUCUCUGUGGACGGUAGUGGAGCCAACAUGACGGCCGGAGGAGCACUCUACACCCACCAGCUGGUGGGCAACCACCGCUCAGAUGGCCAGGCCACACCUAGCGGAGCUCCUCAGCAGGACCAGGAGGACGGAGGGGUAGGAGGGGCCCGGGGGGCAGGAUACAGCCCCUCAGAGCUUUGUCUCCAGCCCUGCUGCAGCCCCCAGUCCCUUGGUGGAGGGGCCGGGGGUGCAGGGGUGGAGCCAGGCUCCCUGGCCUACAUGCACGUGGCGGAGGUUGUGUCUGCAGCCGUGGCCCAGGGGGCUCUGGGUAUGCUGCAGGCCACUGGAAGACUCUUCAUCGUCACUGACUACUCCCCUGAGUGGUCCUACCCUGAGGGAGGAGUGAAGGUGCUCAUCACUGGUCCAUGGCAGGAGGCCAGCUCUAACUACAACUGCCUGUUUGACCAGGUCGCUGUCCCUGCCUCUCUCAUCCAGCCGGGGGUGCUGCGCUGCUACUGCCCAGCUCAUGACACUGGGCUGGUGACGCUGCAGGUGACAGCCAGUAACCAGAUCAUCUCUAACUCAGUGGUGUUUGAGUAUAAGGCCCGCGCCCUGCCCUCACUGCCUUCCUCACAACACGACUGGCUCUCACUGGACGAUAACCAGUUCAGAAUGUCCAUCCUGGAGCGCCUGGAGCAGAUGGAGAGACGGAUGGCAGAGAUGGCCUCCCAUCACCAGCAGGGCAGCGGAGGAAGUGCAGGAGCAGGAGGAGGAGCAGGAGGUGGAGGAGGAGGAGGUAGUGGUGGUAACAACAGCCAGACACAGUGUGUGUCAGGGCAGGGUCAGGCGGGCAGCAGCUUUGAGAGCCGUGUGGUGGUGGUGUGUGAGAAGAUGAUGAACCGGGCCUGCUGGGCCAAGUCCAAACACCUGAUCCACUCCAAGACCUUCAGGGGCAUGACCCUGCUCCACCUGGCCGCUGGGCAGGGCUACGCCACCCUCAUCCAGACACUCAUCAAGUGGCGCACCAAGCAUGCAGACAGCAUUGACCUGGAGCUGGAGGUGGACCCACUCAAUGUGGACCACUUCUCCUGCACCCCUCUGAUGUGGGCGUGUGCCCUGGGUCACCUGGAAGCGGCAGUGGUCCUGUAUAAGUGGGACCGACGGGCCCUGGCCAUCCCUGACUCUCUGGGACGCCUGCCCCUGUCCAUCGCUCGCUCCCGCGGCCACACCAAGCUGGCCGAGUGUCUGGAGCAGCUGCAGAGAGAGGAACAGCAGCCCCCUGCACCUCUGCCCCCCACCACGCGCAUGUCCUUCUCCCCCACCCCCCACGAUGCUCCCACCUCAGACAGCUGGAUGGUCACAUGGGCCAGCGACGGCGUGAUGGCGCCCAGCGGAAAGAAAGGCGGCACCGCCACCACCACCACUACCUCCACCACCUCCACCAACCUCAACCCAGACUUGAGAAGGCCGAGAUCCGAGCCCUCCAACUACUACAGCAGUGAGUGCCAGCGAGACCUUCCCUUGGCCAAGAAACACAAGCCCAACCCGGAGCUGUUCCAGGCCAGGCCCGACAAGGCCAUGUCUGUCCCGCUGAGCCUGGAGCAACAGCAGCUCCACAAGCUGUCCUUCAGCACCAAGAACCCGUCCCCUGAGGGCCUCAGCCCAGACAAAAGUCUCUCGGGUGGGGGAAGCUCUGGAGGAGCAGGGGUAGCCAAGUGGAGCUCUAGGGAGGGUUUCUCCAGCAGGGGCUUAGGCAGAAAGGGUUCAGGGGACUCUGGGGGCAGCAGCCUGGGGAAGGAGAAGCUGGCUAGCAGGCUGAGACAGAGGGAACAGCUGGGGAACAUGCUGGUGAUGGCUGAGAGAGAGAUGGUGGACACUGAGCUGUUUUCCUACAGAGAACACCUGGAGAACCAGGACUGUAUGACGCAGAUGGACGACCUGCAGGACAACAUGAUGACUCUGGCAGAGCAUAUCAUUGAGGCGACCCCGGAGAGAAUCAAGAGGGAGGACUUUGUGGCCCUAGAUGGAGUGCCCCUGGACAGUGCUGGGGUCAGCAACACCAUGAGCUGGUUGGCCAGUUACCUCGGAGACGUGGAGCAGCUUCCCAGCAUCAUACAGCUACGAUCUCUGUACAGUGAUCCUCUGACUCCAUCCUCCAGCCCCAGCCCAGGGGGGUCUCCCCUGAGGGAGGGGUCCAUGGAGAGGCCCACCCUGCCCUCCCCGGCCGACUGGAGUGAGUUCCUCCAGGCCUCUAACAACAAGGUGGAGAGAGACUUGGCCCAGCUCACCCUGUCCGACCCCGAGCAGAGGGAGCUGUACGAGGCCGCCCGUCUCGUCCAAACUGCCUUCCGCAAGUACAAGGGACGCCCAUUCAGAGAGCAACAGGAAGUAGCUGCGGCAGUCAUUCAGCGUUGUUACAAGAAAUACAAACAGCUAACAUGGAUAGCCUUGAAGUAUGCACUUUAUAAGAAGAUGACGCAGGCCGCCAUUCUUAUCCAGAGUAAGUUCCGCAGCUACCAGGAGCAGAAGAAGUUUCAGCAGAGCAGGCGGGCGGCCGUGCUGAUCCAGCAGUACUACCGCGGCUACAAGGAGUUUGGCAGGCUCAGGCUCCACCGGCAAGGAGCCGCCGCUGCCCUGGUGCAACACAAACUCAGAAGUAGUCUGCUCUCUAAGAGGCAGGAUCAGGCUGCCAGGAAGAUCAUGAGGUUUCUACGCCGCUGCCGCCACAGCCCCUUGAUGGACCAUAGACUGUUCAAGCGGAGUGAACGAAUUGAAAAGGGCCAAGGAACAUGAAAACCUUCAGAAGAGCCCCCUCACAAUGUGACAUCACUCUCCUCCUGACUCUUCCUGUUUUCUUUGUCCCUUUAUACCCAAAACAUUUUUCAAGAGAAGAAGAAAAAAAAACAGUUCAGUGAAAACACUGCGAUUAUUAUUACUACUACGACAGCGUGGCUGACUCUACUUCUACUUCUAACAACAGCAUUUUUCACCUUUAUCUUUUCCCUCUGACAUUGUUUAUGUUGGAGAGUGUAGAAUUAGAAACUAAGGGGAAGAAGCUGUGGGGGGCAGAACAUUUGCUUCAUGGCAUUUUUUGCACUUUUUCAUGGAUUGUUUUGUCUUUUUGGGAGUAUCGGAGUCUAGGUUUAAGACGGUAAAGGAAGAGGAAUGCUGGACAUGUCUGAAAAGGUCCCUGUGGAUCAAAGGAAGAGGACAAGACGCCAAGGAUGGAGGCAGAUGCCGGCCAGAACAGAAGGAAACAUGACAGAAGCAGAAACACAUUUGGGACUGGGCUGUAAUUGUAUUUCAUCGUUUUUUAAGUGACUGAUUAUUCCAUUUGAAGAAGAAAAAAAUGUAACUUAAUGAACCAAAAAAUCUCGAUAAUACAUUGAUCCAUUUGCACACAUACACUCCCUGUCGACAGUUAGAUGAAUACAUUCAGUAUGGUAACUAGUAUGGUAAAUAGAUCAAAAUUACCCUUCCUGUUACGCUGUGCUCUACCCCGCCAGUCAGUCCAAAGGGGUGGGGUUACAUAUGAAUGUAGGAGGGGUGUGAGCAGAAAUGGGUGGGGCUUAUUAAAACAAUGACUUUUUUUGUUAUCUAGGUUUGGAGGGGUUAUGUACUGUAAGGCAAGGGAUAGGGGGAUUCAAUGGAAUUACAAUUCUUCUUCUUAUUUUUUAUAUUAUUAUUUUAUUCUCUUUUCUAUUCCUCUUUGCUUGAAUCUGUUUUGUGCUCAUGCCCAUGACCGAUUUACAACUGACUUGUCUCUUCAAAACUCUUGUGUUGUCGAUUUGAUCAAAUAUGCAUGCCUAUGGGUGAAAGUCUUCACCUGUGUGCUGGAAGUUAGGUCUGUAUUCUCUGAAUUUCAAUGUUUUGCUUUUGUCUUCAUGUUCAAAUGCAACUGAGUGGCCCAUGUACCAACCUAUUCUCCCAAGAGUCAUACCAUCUAGUUCCUGAGAUUAUACCUACAUCCUCAUCUUUCCUUUUUCUGUCGCCUUAUUUCAUUUGUUUCCUCACUAUUCUAAAAAGAAAAGAAAACUUGCCUCUUUUGUGUUGUAAUGAUUACAGUCAUGAAGGUUAUUGUUGUUCUUUUUAAAUGAACUUCAGGGCCUGUGAGGGCUUUUGAGGGGAAGAUCACAUACAUUUUAAAUGAACUUCAGGGCCUGUGAGGGCUUUUGAGGGGAAGAUCACAUACAUUUUAAAUGAACUUCAGGGCCUGUGAGGGCUUUUGAGGGGAAGAUCACAUACAUUUUAAAUGAACUUCAGGGCCUGUGAGGGCUUUUGAGGGGAAGAUCACAUACAUU